CAUCUCUCUCCUAUCAAUCAGAAUACAAGAUGCCCCUCGGGGUAAUUGCCAGGUUCUUCACUAUAUUAGUGAGGAUAUUGCAAUUCUUCAAAGAUGCACUACUGUCAUGGUGGAGGUCAGCAUCUCCUCAAUCCCAACUAUUGCGCAAAAUAUCUACAGCCCAAUCGUUUGAGGAGUGGAACGAUGCUGCGGUUGACUUGGAUGAACUCCUGGGCGCCAAUCUAUGGCGGCAGGACCCCACGAGUCCUCACUAUGACUAUCUCCUCAUCCUAGGAAGGAUGCAGGCUAUCAUGAACGCCCGAGAAAAUGACGACAUCUUGACACUGACCAGCCUGCUCCGAUCGGGUCUGGUCCGCAACCUCGGCAACAUAACAGCCAUCCAUCUCUUUCUUCAUUCGUACGCAGGGACGAAGCAUCUGGUGGACGACUAUAUCACUCAGGUGGCACUCUCCAUUCAAUAUGUUUCAGCCCUGCCGGCGGUCCCGGGUUACGAUACUGGCUUUACCGCGCAGUCAAAGCUGGAGCUAUUGCACGAUACGCGCCAGGCGUUUGGAAGAACGACAUUGCUCUUACAAGGCGGGUCGAUCUUCGGGCUAUGUCACCUCGGCGUGGUGAAGACCCUCCACCUCCAGGGCGUCUUGCCUCGCAUCAUCACCGGUACGGCAACGGGUGCGCUUAUCGCCGCGCUGGUCGGUGUACAUACCGAGGCUGAACUGUUGACAUUCCUCGACAGCGAUGCCAUAGACUUGACUGCGUUUGACCGUGUUCGUAAGAGAGACAGCAACCCCCGGUUGCCAUUCGGUCUAGGAAGCACUUGGCUGGGGGUGUUGAGUCGACGAGUCAACCGGUUUAUGUCUCGCGGCCACUUUCUCGACAUCGGGGUGCUUGCGGAGUGCGUGCGGGCCAAUAUUGGAGAUAUCACGUUCGAAGAAGCGUUCGCUCGCUCGAAGCGUGUUCUCAACAUCACUGUCGCGACGUCAAACACGGGCGGGACGCCGGAUUUGUUAAACUACUUGACCGCUCCCAACGUAUUGAUCUGGUCUGCGGCCGUGGCGUCAAAUGCGUCAUCCUCAUCACUAUACCAGUCGGUCCCGAUCUACUGCAAGGACGAGUCAGGCAAAAUCGUCCCCUGGUGGGACGACCAAGGCGCAGCCUCCAAGGCAGCACGGCGCACUCGUCGAUACAAAGCCGGAGAAUCACCGCUAGCGCGGAUCGCAGAGCUGUUCAACGUCAACCACUUCAUCGUCUCCCAAGCCCGACCCUAUCUCAUCCCGUUCUUCCGCUCCGAGAUGCACCUCCUCGACCGGCGUCCAACAGGCCGGUUCACCGUAACGCGCGCUAUCAAAGGCCUCGUCGCAUCGGAAAUUCGCCACCGACUGCGCCAAUUGGACUACCUCGGUUACCUUCCGCAAGUCCUCGCGCGGCUCCUCAUCGAGGAGACCAUCCCAGGUCCCAGCCUGACCCUCGUCCCGGAUCUCUCAAUAAUGGACUUCACCAAGCUCCUGGAGAACCCCACUAAAGAGAACCUGAAGCACUGGAUCCAAAAGGGCGAGCAGGGAGUGUGGCCUGCGCUCAGUGCGCUGAGGGUUCGGUGUGCCAUUGAGUUCGAGCUCGAUAAGCAUUAUCGGUAUGUGCGACGACGAUGUCGACCGGCUGAGAGUCCUGUGUCUCCUGUUUUGCAUAGUCCUUUCUUGCAGGGGUCUGGACAUUUUGAGCCGGUGGAUACGGCAGAUACCAGGUGAUCAACUUGAGUGGUAGACGAUGCCAACCGUCUCCAACGGUAUGAGCGGUAGGGCAAGUUUGAUGCUACAUACGAACUCAAGGAGUAUCGAAUGUUCGGUUUUUGAAAUAUCCUAGACGAUCCUAACAUCUCUCUGAAUAUCAGGGAACAGCUUAUCUAUGGAAGAUUAGAUCACCCUUGAUUUCGAUCAGAAACGAAGGCAUCAUGGAAGCCAUUUAGUACAUCCAUCUGUUUUGAUAUACAUCGAAAUCAAUACCUGGCUCACCCCACCAACAAAACUCUUACUACCAAAGAAAGAACGAAAUAAGUCAAUAGGUCAAUAAAGAUACACAUUAUCAAUAUAAAGUCAUGUGUCAAAAU